AUGACCUUCGGACGACUGAAAUCUGCUUCAAUUUUAUCUUUAGUUGGUACUAGUCUUGGUCUUGUCACGAUUAUUUUAGGUAUUGUGGCUCUCUCGACUCCGACUUGGAUCGUAAUAAAAGCUGUUCCUCCAGUAUUAAAAUCUACUUAUAGUCUCUUCACAAGAUGCAAUGAAACAUUUAUUCCUCAAUUAGAGAGUUUUUCGGGAUGUUCAACAUUGGAAAAUUUUCAAGCUGCUCAAGUUUUAACUAUAGCCGGUGUAGUUUUGGCUGGACUCGGUAUUCUUGCUUCAAUCUUUCUUGGUGUUUUGAUCGAUAAUCGUUGGAUUCAUAUGCUCCCACAACUUUUCUUAAUAACUGGACCUACUCUCAUACUGGUCGGCGGUUUACUGUAUGUUAAAAAUGUACUCGGCAAUUUCAGUGAAGGAAAAAGCAUCUUGGAAUUAGGUUAUAGUUUUGUUUUAAUCUUGGUAACGUGUAUUGUUGGAUAUAUUUCAGCUGUCUAUUUUGGAUUUAUUAUCGGUUUUGUUCAUGGUCAUCAUCAUAGAAAUCAGAUUUCCAGCUAG